GUCCUUCUCUCUCAGCCCUCCCUGAAUUCCAUUCCGCCUUUUACUUUCUUUGCUUCCCUCUCUCCACUCAGGAGGACUUCGCCUGCGCGCAUUCAGCUCCACUCAGACCAAAUCACAGUCCCCCAGCUCCUGCUGUAACACACCAAGGAAAAGAAGCACGUUUUGGAGGUCGCGACUUUUUGGCGUGUUUCCGCAAGUCUCCCCCUCUCCUCCUCCUUGGGGGGACGCAAUCUCCAGCAGGGAGCUUUUUUUUUUUUUUUUUUUUUCUUACCUGUUGAUGAGGUCCCACGGGUGGCAGAAGAACAGGCGCUUAAAGUGUGGAAAGAAGUCGCUCCAGCUGCGGACCUCUGGAUUUUUCCUCCCCUGCAGAAACAGUCUGUUUGCUGGGUAGGAGGAAAAUGGGUUCUCCGACCUCCUGGAGCUGUGGACUUAUCGUGUCUUUAAUUCUCACAUGUCAGCUUAUUUCUGUGACUCAGGCCUCCAAGGUGUGGGGAGGGCUCACGCUUCCAGAAGAUUUGGAGUCCAAAAAAGAUAUCCACGCAUCUCCAAGUUUACUGGAUGACGAUGAGGACUUUGCAGCUGAUGAAGGUUCAGGAGACCGACCCAGUGGAGAAGAGGAUGGCAGCACUCCAGAACUUGAUACCACAACUAAUACCCGGCAGUUGGAGUCUUGGUAUCUGAGAAACAUACAGAGCCCAAAUGAGCCGGAAUACAUUUAUUAUCGAGCUCUGGUCAACUUCACCAACUCCGUGGUGUAUGGUCCUGAACUUGAGGAUAUCUUCUCUCCAGAGUUUAAGGAGAUUUCUGAAGCAGUGAUGGACACGCUGGAGUCAGAGUACAACAAGAUCCUAGGUGUCCAGACAAUCAACGUGGUUCUCAUUAAAAGGAUAAAAAGAGAUGGUAGAGACGAUGUCUUUGUGGAACUGGAUGUGGGCUCUACUAACAACAACAACGAAGAACAGCUCCGCAGCGUCCUCUACAACGUGGUGAAGGAGGGAACCAUAGCCUCCUACGUGACGUCAGUUGAGGGCUUUCAAUUCAGACAGCUAGGAAAAGUAGAAACUCUGCCUUCAGUGGACCCAAUAGCAAUACCAGUAAUCCCCAUUAAGAGGCCCUGCAUGGCUGAUGAGUACAGGUGUGCUGAUGGAACAUGCAUCCUGAUGGAGUACGUGUGUGACAACAGACCCGACUGCGCAGACAUGAGUGAUGAGACCAACUGUGAUGCCAUGAAGUCCGUCCCUUCAGUGUUUACAACCCCCGCCGCUGUCACUCCCACUCCCCGUCGUGACAUUGCACCAAUGGGGCCCCGCCCCCCCACCCCGCCUUUUCUAUGCAGAACAGAUCAGGCCAAAUGCCAGAGCGGGGAAUGCAUUAACCGAAUUUAUAUCUGUGAUGGAGAGCUGGACUGCAAAGACGGAAGUGAUGAGCUGGCGUGUGGUACUCCGUCUCCCUGUGAGCCCAAUGAGUUCAAGUGUAACAACGGCCGCUGCGCCCUAAAGUUGUGGCGUUGUGACGGCGACAACGAUUGCGACGAUGGCUCUGAUGAAAUUGAUUGUCCGACUGGUGACCCCAACGACAGAUGCGAUCCUAAGCAGUUUGUAUGUCGGAGUGAUAACACUUGCAUCCCGGCUAGUUACCAGUGUGAUGAGGAGCCUGACUGCAAAGACCGCUCCGAUGAGAUAGGCUGCACCCCACCGAAUGUGGUGAAGCCACCACAGGAGUCCAUAGAGGUGGUGCGGGGGUCAACUGUGACAUUCACCUGUGAGGCUUUUGGAGUUCCAACACCCAUGAUCACCUGGAGACUCAACUGGGGUCAUAUUCCCAAAAGCGACAGGUUUACUAUGACCAGUGAGAAUGGCCGUGGCACCCUCACUAUUCGCGAUGUAAAAGAGGCAGACCAGGGGGCGUACACCUGCGAGGCCAUGAAUGCUAAAGGCCUGGUGUUCGGGAUCCCGGAUGGAGUGUUGACGCUCAUACAAAAUUCAAACUCUGGAAAUUGUCCUAAUGGCCACUUCAGUGUGGGUAACCGCUGCAUCUCCUGCUUCUGCGCUGGAGUCUCAAAGAACUGCAAGAGAACUGGACGCUACCGCAAUCAGAUCAGCCUGCGCUUCACUGAGGAAGACAAUUUCAGAGGAGUAAACGUCACCUACCCAUUCAGGCAAGAUACUCCCCCACUCUCCUCCACUCAGCUCCUUAUUAACCCAGAGAUGGAAGAGUUCCAGCUUGUUGACUUGUCUCGCCGUUUCCUCAACCUUGAUUCUUUUUGGACCUUACCUCGCCAAUUCCUUGGCAACAAGGUUGAUUCAUAUGGAGGAUCCCUGAAAUACAAGGUCCGGUAUACGUUAGCCCGCGGUCUCUCUGAACCUGUGUCAAGACCCGAUGUGAUCCUGGUUGGAAACGGGCGUAGGCUUGUGUAUCGCCGAGGCAACGGAACCCCUCCCAAUGUGGUUAACCAGAAAGAGGUCAUAUUCACUGAAGAGCACUGGCAGCACUCCAGUGGCCUCCCUGUCAGCCGCGAGGACCUGAUGAUGACUUUGGCUGGCCUGGACAGUAUUAGCAUCCGCACCAUCUACGAUAACCACAUGGUCAGCGUGGCGCUCAGCCACAUCGUCAUGGAUACCACAACAGAGGAAUUCAGCACUCUUGGUCAUGCUAGGGAUGUUGAAGAAUGCAGGUGUCCUCCUGGAUACACGGGCCUGUCUUGUGAAAUGUGCCUGUCUGGUUUCGAGCGGGUCCCCGGGGGUUCCUACCUUGGUACUUGUGCUGGUUGUAACUGUAACGGACACGCUACAGCCUGUGAUCCAGUCAGUGGGCACUGUCUGAGCUGCCAACACAACACAGAGGGCCCCCAGUGUGACAGGUGCCGCCCUGGCUACUUUGGCGAUCCAACCAGAGGUGGACCUGACGACUGCAAGCCCUGCCCCUGCCCGUACACCGAGACAUCCCGACGUUUUUCUGACACCUGCUUCCUGCACACCGACCAGCAGCCCACAUGUGACGCCUGCAGGCCCGGAUACACAGGAAGACGCUGCGAAAAGUGUGCUCCUGGUUACCAGGGUAACCCCCUCCAACCUAAUGGAAAAUGCGUUCGAAAAGAAAGCUCGAGUUGUGAUAACAGAGGAACCAUCAGCUCCAGCAGCAGGCCAUGCAGCUGCAAGAACAACGUGGCAGGCGAUCAGUGUGAUGAGUGUAAGGCUGGGUUCUUCCACCUAUCAGAAACCAACCCUGAUGGCUGUUUACGCUGUUUCUGUAUGGGGGUCUCCUCACAGUGUGCCAGCUCCUCCUGGAGUAGAGAUCAGGUUCAAGGGGCGGUGAACGGGCAGCUCCUUACCCUCUCAAACAGCGGUAACACCAAAACCAUUUCUGAAGGCAUCUUCCAGAGGGGCUCCUCUGUCGUCUACCAGCCCUUCUUAGGUGCAAGUGACUCCCGGGACGUCUACUUCUGGGUUUUGCCAGAGAGCUUCAAAGGAGAUAAGGUGACGGCCUACGGCGGCGAGCUGAGCUACUCUGUGAACUUUGAUCCAGCUCAAGGCUCGCGGGGGGUUGACGGACAGCCUGAUGUGGUUCUCCAGGGCAACGACAUCUUCCUGGAGCACUAUUCCGAAAUCAAGCCACUCCCACGAUUGUCAGAAACUGUAACUGUGACGUUCAGAGAGUCCUCAUGGCGUCGCACUGAUGGGCAGCCAUGCACUCGGGAGCACCUCCUGAUGGCCCUUGCUGAUGUUUCCCUGCUUAUGAUCAGAGCCACAUAUGUAGACCGCAUGACUGAGACCAGCAUUUCAGAUAUCAAGAUGGACAUAGCUGUUCCUCACUUAACUGGAAAGGAACAAGCCCUGGAGGUGGAGCAGUGUGCCUGUCCAUUAGGAUACAGAGGACCAUCCUGUCAGGAGUGUGAUGUGGGUUUUACAAGGACCACCUCUGGUCUCUACCUUGGCACGUGUGAGAGGUGCAACUGCAACGGCCACGCCAGCAGCUGUGACCCAGAGACCGGCAGGUGUCUGCAAUGUCUUCAUAACACUGCUGGAGACCGAUGUGAGAGGUGUCUGCCUGGAUUUUACGGAGACCCUUUGAGGGGAGGUACAGAGGCCUGCAAGCCUUGUCCAUGCCCUGGGAUCACAUCCAACACACAAUUCUCUCCAACCUGCUUCCUGGGCACAGAUGGGGGGCCAGUCUGUGACAGUUGUCCCCCUGGAUACACAGGCCGGCGCUGUGAUAGAUGUGCCCAAGGAUACACUGGCAACCCACUGCAGGGGGAGAGAUGCGUGUUUGACAAUAUAGUCAAUGGGAACUGCUAUAGCUGUGACCAAAGAGGUAGCGAAUCCUGCAAUAGUGGUGUGUGCCAGUGCAAGAUGAAUGUGGCGGGUCCAUACUGCUCCACCUGUAAGCCUGGAACCUUUAAUCUCAGCCAGACAAACAAAGAUGGCUGCUUGUCCUGUUUCUGUAUGGGUGUCACCACGCAGUGCACCAGCUCCACGUACUACAGAGAUGUGAUUUCCUCCGUGUUUACUCCAGGAAACUUCCAAGGAUUUGCUCUGGUGAACCGUCAGAGAACCAAUCGUGUAUCCACGGGUUUCACUGUGGAGAUUUCCACUGAAGGCACUCAGCUUUCCUAUAGCAACUUCAACUACCUGGGACAGGGGCCACACUACUGGCAGCUUCCAGAUGUUUACAAAGGAGACAAGAAAAAUUCGUACUGGUCUCGUGUCAGACGAGCAGAUCAGAGAGACCCGAUCUUACCAGAGGAGCAACUAAGGAAGGAUGCUUCUGUUUGGAACAAAAUGGCCACCGAACAUAAAGCCAACCAAAGGUCCAAAAGACACAGCCAGAAGGAUGUGAAAAAGCUGGACGAUGAGGUCUGGGCACUUCUGUCUAACUUCCCCAAUGGACGAGCUGAUUUCCCUUCAUUUCUCCCCCCUUCUAAAUCAUCUUCAUUUUCUUCAUCCCGGGUCCCGACUUCCUCUUCUUCUCAAUGGUCUUUAAAUAACCUGAGCCCCCCUUCCCCUGCAUCUGGAGUUUCUUCCUCUGUUAGACCAACCCAACCUCAGUCUUAUUCUCCAGGCCACGGCCCUCGUCUGCAGAGCAAAAACACUAUAAGCAAGACUUCUGCGGCUUCUGGAGGCAAGUACGCUCUGGUCUACAAAGGUUUCAGCUCGCAGCCGGACGAUGUGCUCUACUGGCAGCUCCCUGAGCAGUUCAGAGGGGAUAAGGUGGGCUCUUAUGGUGGCAAGCUUAAGUACACCAUAACCUAUGUGACUCGUUCAAGAGGGACAGAACUUGAGGAUGCUGACAUUCAGAUCAUUGGUAAUGACAUCACCCUGGUAGCUCGUCAGACCUGGCAGCGGAGGCCGCUGGGAGGCAGAGAGGAACAUGAGUUUGAGAUCAUCUUUAGAGAGGAACACUGGCGUAGACCUGACGGCAUGCCAGCCACCAGAGAGCACCUGAUGAUGGUUCUGGCUGACCUGGAUGACAUCCUGAUCCGAGCCUCCUACUCCACUGAGAUGCUCUCCUCCAGCAUCUCUGAUGUCAGCAUGGAAGUGGCUGUGCCCAACUACACUGGUUUGGCUCAAGCCUACGAGGUGGAGCAGUGCCGCUGCCCACCUGGCUACCAAGGACUCUCCUGCCAGGAUUGUGCGUUUGGUUACACUCGUACUGGAGGAGGUUUAUACCUAGGCCACUGUGCACCAUGUGAAUGCAACGGCCACUCUGACAACUGCCACCCAGAGACUGGCAUCUGCGUGAACUGCCUGCACAACACGCAGGGGGAGUUCUGUGACCAGUGCGCACCUGGCUACUUUGGAGACCCUACUGCUGGCACCCCAGAAGACUGCCAGCGAUGUGGCUGCCCUCACACUGACCCAGACAACCAGUUCUCCCCUACCUGUGAAAGUCUUGGCGGUGGAGACUACCAGUGCACAUCCUGCCAGCCUGGUUAUACCGGCCAGUACUGUGAACGCUGUGCUACAGGAUAUGUCGGCAACCCACAGGAGAGAGAAAAGUGUCGUCCAAAUGACGACGCAGGCCAGCUGCAGGUGAAAGUUUUUCCAGAUAAGUUUCAUGCAGAGCAGGGCAGCUCUCUCUCUCUGCGCUGUGAGGUAUCCGGAGCUCCUCCCCACUAUUUCCAAUGGUCCAGACAGGAUGGACGGCCCAUCUCAAGUGGCACUGAGAGGCGUGAACAAGGGGCAGAGCUGUACUUCCCCAGCAUCCAGCUUAGCGACGCUGGCAUCUACGUCUGUACCUGCCGAGACCUGCGCAGCUCAAACCAUGCUGAGAUUAUCGUCGUAGGUGGCCCAACUAAACCCAUCGUGGUCACAGUGGAGGAGCCGAAAAUUCAGACUGUAAGGGUUGGAUCCACUGUUAACUUCAUCUGUACUGCAAAGAGCAAGUCUCCGGCCUACACUCUGGUGUGGACCAGACAGGGUAACAGGAAGCUUCCCAACCGCGCCACAGACUUUAACGGCAUCCUGACCAUUCAGAACGUCCAGCCUGAGGACGCGGGCGUCUACGUCUGCACAGGCUCCAACAUGUUUGCCAUGGAUGAAAGUAGCGCCAAACUCUACGUGCCAGAGGCCUCACAGACUCAGAUGUUUUACACAGCCUAUGAAAUGUUUGAAGGACACGGAAAGCAGGGGGCCCAGCCUACUGCUACCAUCACUCCCGCUGUGCUAAAUGUCCGGCAGGGCCAGAGAGCAGAGAUUCGCUGCACAGUAACUGGAAACCCAACACCAGCCAUCGAAUGGAUCGGUGGUCCAGGAAACAGGAUGAGUCCCAGAGCUGUGAUAAGAAAUGGUAUCCUCACAUUCCCAGCUGUGGAUCCAGCAGAUGAGGGGGAGUAUAUCUGCAAGGCCCUGAACACUCAUGGCGAGCACACAGCACAGGCCUCCCUACGUGUCCAAAAAAAUAAUCCCAGUGGCUUAGGAACUCAGCCCCAAGUUCAAGUCAGUCCUCAAAAUGUGGAUGUUCGUGAAGGGGAAUCUUUGAGAUUGUACUGCAGAGCAAGCGGUUCGCCCACCCCAAAGCUCAGCUGGUCGAAAAAUGGAGGACAGCUCCCCCCACAGGCCAUUCCCUCUCAUGGUUUCCAUCAGUUUAAAAGCAACAGUCUCGAUGUGUUACAAAGACGUAUUGAGGAGCUGCAGGCCCAAACAGACCGGACAGACAUCGGCACGCUCUUCAUCCCCAAUGUUAAGAUCUCCGACGCAGGCACUUAUAUCUGCAUCGGCAGCAACAUUGUCGGCACAAACAGUGCUCCGAUUCAGGUCACUGUUCAUAGAGGAGCAGAGCAAACCUUUUCAGUUGUCACCAUCCAGCCUUCCAUCGCUGACGUACAAGAGGGUCAGACUCUGGAACUGAAUUGCUUUCCUCCCGGUAAUCCCCCUCCCCGGGUCACCUGGAAAAGAGCCAAUGGAUACAUCACCUCCAACCAUCAGGUUGUUGGCAAUACGUUGCGCAUCCUGUCUGCCACUUCGGAGGACUCCGGAGAGUACAUCUGUCGGGUGGAGGAUUCAGGGAGCUCAGGGUCCCCCGUCCAUCAGGCCUCUGUCUCCGUCUCAGUCACUUCAUCUUCCUCACGUCUACAAAGCCCCAUCAUCGGCAUUGAGCCCCACAGCUCUGCAGUUCGUGUCGGGGAGUCAGCCAGAUUCAAAUGCCAGGUUUACAGCGGAGCCCAGCCGGUCCGUCUGGAGUGGAAACACGUCAACAGCCAGGCUCUGCCAGAUAAUGUCAGAGUAAGCUCUGAUGGCUCCAUUAUCACCAUCAACAAUGCUCGUCCCACAAACCGUGGAGCCUACCGCUGUGUGGCAAGCAACCUGUAUGGUGUCACCCAAUCAAUAGUGUCUUUGAUUGUUAAAGAGUCUCCUGUGGCCACGGUAACGCCUGUUGGGCCUGUUCGGGUUGGGGUUGGUGAACCCAUUAACCUUGAGUGUCAAGGUUCAGGAGAGCCCCGCCCCUCAGUGUCGUGGCACAGACUGGAUAACAACAGGAGGACCACCCUGAGCAGCCCUGUUCCCAUGGACUCCAACGCAGUCAUGCAGAUUCUUGCUGCUCGUCAAGAAGACAGUGGGACAUAUGUGUGCUUAGCUCGUAAUGCUGAAGGCAAUAAGGAGACCAGAGUAGAGGUGAUUGUAGAGGGAGGAUCCCGAGUGCCUACAGCGCCCAGGGCCCUGGUUCCUGAACCACUGAUGGUUGUGGUGGAGGGUCAGACUGCAACUCUGCACUGUGAUGCUUACGGAAUUCCCUCCCCUGUGAUUACAUGGACCAAGCUGCGAUCCUCUCUUCCCUGGAGACACAAGGUGGUGAACAACAGCUUGGUGCUACCAGCUGUCGGUCGACAGGACUCUGGAGAAUACAUCUGCAGCGCCAAGAACACCAUGGGAACUAGUGAAGUCACACUGAUGCUAGAGGUUGAGACUCCUCCUUAUGUCACAUCUGUGCCCGAUGAUGUGGCAGUACGGGUCGGCGAGGUGAUCCGGUUGCAAUGCCUGGCCCAUGGUACUCCUCCCCUCACCUACCUCUGGACUAAACUGGAUGGUGUCCUGCCUGCAAGAGCUCAGGCCAGUGAAGGAGAUCUCCAGAUCAAUCUGGCCACUGCUGAGGACUCUGGAAGCUAUAAAUGCGUUGCCAGCAAUAGGGUCGGCCACAGCGAAGUCAUUGCUAAAGUUACCGUCAGAUCCCCACUGGCGGUGAGGGUGUCACCUCAGGUUGAGGUUAAAGCUCAGGGCAGUGCUGUGGAGUUCACCUGCUCAGCAGCUGGAGGUCCUGAAACAAAGAUUGAAUGGCUGAAGGAAGGAGGAGCCCUGCCUCCAAACCACUACAUAAAAGACGGCGUCCUCAGAAUUGAAGACUUGGAGCAGAGCAAUGAAGGAGUUUACAUCUGCAGAGCAAGCAGUGUGUAUGGUCAAGCACAGGACACCGCCAGAUUAACCAUUCAAGCUCUGCCGAAGGUGAUGAUUAAUGUGCGCACCUCAAUGCAGACUGUGAUGAUCGGGAACUCUGUGGAGUUCGAGUGCCACGCUGUUGGCGACCCAGAGCCCACAGUUCAGUGGAGUAAAGUGGGAGGCCCUUUGCCGUCACACAUCAUGGUGAAGGAUGGCAUGCUGAGGAUCGACCAGGUCACCGAGGCAGACGCCGGCCAUUACCGCUGCACAGCCACCAACGACGUAGGCUCUGUUCAGUCUGAAGUACUGCUUAAUGUCCAGUCCCUUCCUCAAAUUUCUGCGCUGCCAGAAACUAAGGAGGUGACAGUUGGGUCUGAUGCAGUCAUGCCAUGCUUAGCUUCAGGAUAUCCAGUCCCUGACAUCACAUGGACAAAGUCGGAAGGAGAACUUCCUCCUAAGUGCUUCCAGGAGGCCAACGUUCUGACAGUCCCAAAGGUCACCCACGAGGACUCUGGCACAUACGUCUGCACCGCCUCUAAUGAGCACGGCAAAGUGGCAGCUUUCACUAAACUUGAAGUCCACGAGAGAGUGAUGCCCUACUUUGCCCAGGAACCCUUGUCCUACCUCACUCUGCCCACCAUUAAAAACUCAUAUAAGGCUUUCAGCGUAAAGAUAAACUUUAGACCUGAUAAUGUUGAUGGUCUCAUAUUGUACGCUGGCAUGAUCCUCUACAACGGCCAGAGAAAAACGACAGGAGCCGACUUCAUUUCUCUAGGACUUGUUAGUGGACGCCUGGAGUUCAGGUUUGACGUUGGCUCCGGCAUGGCCACCAUUCGUGACCCCAACCCCAUUAAACUGGGAGAGUUUCACACGGUGGAGCUGCAUCGUAACCUCACCCAGGGAUCUAUUAUUGUGGACGGAGGGGAGCCCAUCAGUGGAAAAUCACAGGGCAAGUUCCAGGGACUUGAUCUGAAUGAGGAGUUACAUGUUGGCGGUUACCCCAACUACUCAUCCAUCGGAAAAACAGCUGGCAUCAAGACCGGCUUUGUGGGCUGUAUCCGUCAGCUGGUCAUCCAAGGAGAGGAAGUAAUCUUUAAGGAACUCGACCGUAGCUCUACUGGCGUGACAAACUGUCCCACCUGCAAAGAUUAUCCAUGCCAAAAUGGAGGAAGGUGUGAGGAUUCAGAUGCCAGCCUUUAUACGUGCACCUGCCCCAAAGGAUUCACAGGCAGCAACUGCCAGCAUCACUCAUCUUUGCACUGCCACUCAGAGGCCUGCGGACCUGAUGCUACUUGCAUCAACCGCCCGAACGGCCUGGGCUAUGACUGCCGCUGCCAUCUGGGCAAGUUUGGAGACAAAUGCAUGCAAGGUGAGCUGGUGACCACUCCACUGUUUGACGGGGAUGAGUCGUACAUAGCUUACCCACCCCUGACUAAUGUCCACGAUGAUCUGCGUGUGGAGCUGGAGUUCAAACCACUGAGAGGGAAUGGUUUGAUGUUCUUCUGCGGCGGUAAAAAAACCAAAGUGGAGGACUUUGUGGCUGUUUCUAUGGUGGACGGGCACGUGGAGUUCAGAUAUGAACUUGGCACAGGACAGGCCGUCCUUUUGAGUCCUCAGCCAGUCUCUCUGGGUCAGUGGCACAGAGUUGUAGCCGAGAGAAACAAGAGGGCUGGCCAUCUGAGAGUGGACCAGGGCCCAGUGCAAAGGAGGAUGUCUCCAGGAAAAGCCCAGGGCCUUAAUAUCCAUACUUCCAUGUAUCUGGGAGGGGUGCCGAGUAUGGACAUCCUGCCCAAACCUGCAAAUGUUACACGGAUGUUUGAUGGUUGCAUAGGAGAGGUUUCCAUCAACAACAAGAAGGUGGACUUGUCCUACAGCUUCACAGAGAGCAAAUCAAUUAGCAGAUGUGUGGACAACAGUCCCUGUGACCACCGACCCUGCCUGAAUGGUGGGGAAUGCAUACCCAGUGCAGAAUAUGAGUACCAGUGUUUCUGCAAAGAUGGAUUUGAAGGUGAACGUUGUGAGUUGCAGAAGUCUGUGUGCCUAAGGAACAUCGACUGUAAAAAUGGAGGCAUCUGUUUAGACGGCAACUGUAAAUGCCAAGUUGGGUACGGCGGACUCUUGUGUGAGGAAAGCCAGGUCCUCACCCUCCCCGAGGCCCAGCGGAGUUCAGAAACCAGCGAGGCAAAUGAUUCCCCCCAUGAGUACGCAGCACGUUUCCAAAAUGACGGCUACAUUGAAAUUCCUAAAUCAGUUCUCCCAAGAAGUGUCCAUAACAAAGAGACAAUAGAAAUGGAAAUUAACACCAGCUCCUCCGAGGGCCUGAUCCUGUGGCAGGGAGUGGAGACCAAAGGUGCACGAAAUUUGCGAAAGGUGCAUGCUAUCAAAAAGGUACCUGGAGAAAAUGGUAGAGGAAAAGAUUUCAUCAGCCUGGGUCUAGAGGACGGACACCUGGUUUUCAGUUACCAGCUGGGCAGUGGAGAAGGGAGAAUAAGAUCAACAAAAGCCAUCCAUGAUGGAAAGUGGCACAAGAUCACAGCAGUCAGAGAUGGAAAAAAUGGUUCUGUGCGAAUUGAUGGAGGAGAGACCCAGCAUGGAAAGUCUAAAGGGGAAAGCCUCAUGGUUAACACCAAGGGCAACAUAUACCUGGGUGGGGCCCCAGACAUGGCUGCCAUGACAGGAGGAAAGUUUUCCACAGGAAUAACAGGCUGCAUUCGGAACCUGACGCUGACGAACACUCGGCCAGAAGCCCAGCAAACCCAGGCGAUCGAUUUGCAGCCUUACAUUUCCCACAGCGUCGAUGUUCAGCCCUGCUACUCAUAGACAUACAUGUGAUUUCACACACAGCAAGACUCCCUCAGAAAGACUUAACACCCUGAGACAAACUCGGUGCUUUGCUGCUACCAAAAAGCAAAAUAAAAGAAAACAAAACACAUCUGAUGCUUUUCUUUAUGUGAAGCAAAACCAAAAACAAAAAAAUACGGUUUUAAAAAUAUUAACAAGUCUUCUCUGCCUCAGUGUUGUAACCAGAAUGAAGGACUGAUAAAGGAUAAAUAGUAAGGGUUUCAUACUUCCAGCAGUACUUUUAGCCAGCAGAAGAUUAAUAGUAAAGCUUAUUAGCUCUUCUAAGAUGGGUCAGAUCCUAUGGAGAUGGAGAUAUUUUGACAGCACUGAUUUAUUUUUAAUUUAUAUACAAAUAUAUAAUAUUUGUGGGGAAAAACAUACAAACUAACAUUACAACUGCUUUAUCUUUCCUAGAAUUGUUUUUUUUUUUUUUUUCUGGGUUCCUAUACUGUGUGUGUGUCAGCGGCUUUUUGUAGGCCUAACUCUACUGUUACUUGAAAAUAUGUAGGCCUUUUUAUUUUUCAUUUUUUUCCUUCACUUCUGUAGAGAAAGCUUUAUCUGCGAGCAUGCUUGGCAAACUGUUGGGAGACGAGCACACAUGGUCACCGUCACAGGCAACUCCAGUUCACAACUCAGGCUGCCAAAUACAAUCAAAUAACCGUUACAAGUUUGACUGAUUAUUUCUUUUUUUAUUAUCACCAUUUUUCACUUUUAUUGAAUUCACACUACCUUUUUUUAUGUCUUCUUUUUCUGUGCUUUUUGUUUUUAUAAAUAAAACUCGGUGCUAAUUUUCAGACCUGAAGAUGCAAAAGUGUGCGUCUGUCAUGUGUAGAGUAUUUUUUUUCUAGUGAUUCGGCUUUAUUUGUGGCUUAAAAGAUUUUAGUUGUUGACUUUUUAUUUUUUUUUAACAAUAUGCAUGGAAUUUGACAUCGAACCACGAUGCGGCAUGGUUUGUUGCUACCACUUCUGUGAUUGAGUAGAUCUCAAAGCAAAU